UCCAGCACCACGCGCCGCCCGCGAAGCCUCUUCCACUCGCUCGCUCUCUCUCUCUCUCUUCUCGUAGGAAGAAGGUAGCGCCCAAUUCCUGCAGUGUAGCUAGCGCGGCCGGAUUCCUAGGCGGGGUGUCGUUCACUCCCCCGUGAGCUGCCUAGCUGCGGCGCGUCCUCCCCGUGCACCUGCCGUUGAGAUCUGCAGGCGGGACUACGUCCUUGUGCUCGAGCCUGGAGGCAGAUCUUCUUCCCCGGCAACACAUCAUCUCCUGCCCAUGAGGUUGGGAGAUGAGGCUCUCAAGUAGUGUAGAAUGGUGGGAUGAGUCCAAGCUGCGCGUCCUAGUCUUGAGCAGCCUGAGCCUUCAAUACUUCCUCGCCGUUUUUGCUUUUGGGCGGAGAUUCAGUGUCCCGUCUUGGUACAGAUUACUCAUCUGGCUGUCGUAUCUAGGCAGUGAUGCUUUGGCGAUAUAUGCUCUCGCCACGCUAUUCAACCGUCGAAACAACCAGCAAUGCAACUCUGCACCUGGCAGCCGUGACAUCGAGGUUUUGUGGGCUCCCAUCUUACUAAUACACCUCGGGGGGCAGCCCUUCAUAACCGCAUACAACGUUGAAGAUAACGAGCUGUGGAGCAGGCACAUCGUAACCACUAUAUCUCAGGUCACGGUGGCCGUCUAUGUGUUCUGGAAAUCAUGGUCGUCAUCAGCUGAAAAGAGUCUAUUGGCUGCAGCAGUUCUUCUGUUCAUCCUCGGGUCUGCCAAAUGCGUGGAGAAGAUCUUGGCUUUCAAAGGUGCGAGCUUCAAUAGCCUAGCCAGUCAUUCAGAACCCGCCCAAUCUAAGAGGACUACAACUAGAGAUAGAGAGAAAGAGCUUGAGGAAUAUGUACAACAAGCAAGGGAUUCCAUUAAGGCAAGCCAUCCUCCGCUAGUAGAUGACAGCAUGGAACAACUCAUUUUGCCAGAUAAGCUCUUUGUAGAUUCUGCAUAUCCUUAUUCUGACCGAGUUACGAGCCUUAAGUUUUUCUUUCUCCUUGACGAUCAAACAGCCUACUGGUCGUUAAAAAGAGGGGUUUCCAUCGUUUUUAAUCUUCUCUACACAAAAUAUGAGAGCACCUAUACCAUGUUAAAAGGUAGCAUGUUAUGUUCCAUAUGCACUUGGGAGAUAACUGUUGUCGUGUCAAUCGUAUCCAUCAGCCUCUUCCACUAUAGCCAUAAAAAUGCAUAUAGUAGGAGUGACAUCGUUGUCUCGUUUGUGUUGUUGUACGGCACUUUUUUGCUGGAUAUUAUUUCCACCCUCACACUUCUUUCUAUGACCGGCAGUGUCGUGAAACAGACUUCCGACAUUGUUGCCCAACAUAGCCUUAUUGAGUUCUGCGUCAAUAGCGGCAUCUGUAGGUUCAUGAAGCCAUGUCACUCGUCCCAGAAGCCAUGUCACUAUUCCGAGGACAUUUCGAGUCUGAUCCGUAGGUAUGUUCUUCGUGGCUGGAAGGAGUUUAUAACUGAUGCCGAAAGCUAUAGGAAGUUCAAUGAUGUCAGGGGCCAGUGGACACUGGAGCGCAAGCAAUGCGAUGAGCGCCUAGGCUGGAGCUUAGAGAGGCCAUUCGAUGAGAGUGUUCUUCUUUGGCACAUCGCCACGGAUUUCUGCUUCCACCAGAAAGACACGCCUCGUAGUAAUCAAUGUGCCAAUCGAUGCAGAGAAAUUUCCAACUACAUGAUGCAUCUUCUGUUUGUCAAUCCUGAGAUGCUUAUGGCAGGCAGCCGAAGGAAUUUAUUCAGAACAGCCUGCGACCAACUCAACGAGAUCCUUGCGUGUGAUGCAUAUUCGAACAAGACUGAACUUACACAGAAAUUAAUUGAUAAACUGAAGUCUAAAGAAGGUUCAAAGGAAACAUUCAUUCAUGAUGCAUGGCAGCUUGCUGAAGGAUUGAUGGAUAUACAUGAUGAGACAAACAUGUGGGAGGUGAUCCAAGGAGUGUGGCUCGAGAUGCUGUGCUUUUCUGCUAGCAGAUGUCGAGGAUAUUUGCAUGCUAAGAGUCUUGGCGCUGGUGUAGAGUACCUUACCUUUGUUUGGCUCUUGCUGGCAUACGCCGGUAUGGAGACGCUCCCAGAGAGGCUUCAGAGGACGUACAUGACUCGUUUGUCCCAAGAGAAGAAACAACAGCUAGAGAACCGAGGAGAAGAAACAAGAAAGGAACCGUCCUCUCAGAACCAAGCCAUCGAGCAAGUUCUGAAGGAAGAAGGAAAUGUUGCUGAUCCAGCAUCCUCAGAAGUCAUAGGGCUCCACUCUCAAGAAGAAACGGUUACCGCUGCAUCCGCUUCCAAUGAUGAAGGCACUGCCCCUGUGCUUGACGAGAUCAUUGUUGUCGUACACUAAGAAAAGCUCCAUCCUUGUUUGAAAUAGCUACUCUGUAUUCUGGCGCCUCAGUUCCAGUUUGCAAAUGCCAAGUUAUGUACUAGUUAUGUAAAGUUCACCCAGCUUGCUUUGUAUGCCAAGUCAUCAGCUUUUAUUAUUUUUGAUAUACCAACCAAUGUACUGAACGAAAAGAAUUAAGUUGCAUGGGCCAGUGAUUUA